AUGUCUGCAGAUCUUCGAGGCACUGAAAGAACAUGCGGACGCGAAGCCAUGAGCCUGCUCACUCAAGAGGCGAGUGCCCGGCAACGACCUUCAAGUCGUGGGGUCAAGCGGCAAGGCUUUCGAUGUGGCCAGUGCGGCUUCACUGGAGACUCGCAGCUAAGCCUUUCCAUGCACAUCACCCAGGUCCAUAGGCCGCGCAACAGCCAGGUAUCGACCAGGUCUCGUUGCGUCGAGGCCGAGCUCUAUCGGCGCUUGCGCCUGGCGUCGCCGGAGCAGCGUAAGGAGCUGAUACUACGGCAUUUCAGCCAGGCCCAGCGUGAAUCGUUGGAGAAAUGGAUUCUGGCAAACAACAAGGGCAGCCGCGAGACUCGGAAAGCUUAUCGACGACGCCUGUCGAAGCCAUGCUCCAAAGUACGGAAACUUCCAAGUUUCCGAGAUGCAGGAAUCACAAAGCGUCGCCGGCGGACUGCAUCGGGCAACACCGUGGUUGUGUAUGUUGCGCACGCCUCUGCUGGCCCCUUCCGACUUUGGACCAAAUCCGUGCGUGACCUUCGAGUUGCUACUCGUCACAGACAGCUUCUGCAAGCCAUCAAGCAGCAGGUUUGUGCCAAGACGAAGGGCCGUUUGCCAGUGGAGCAGAUGACACAGGUCUUCGCGCGAGCCAUGCAGGAUGUUUCUGCUACUGCUGGGCAGAACCUGGAAGAGAUCGGGCUGAGUUUUGCGUCGGCAGUGCCGGCAAAGUACUGGAUCGGCAAGGAACUGCACACCCCCCGCUUCCCUGUUCAGCGGAUGGCUGCAGGCCUGGAGGCAUUCCAAGCACUCUCUCGAGCUCGCGAUCAAGUAUAUCGCGGCAGAAUGAACCGAUAUUCUCUCUACAUGUACAGCAGCCCGAUGAAGAUGGAGGCUGCUUGGGUAAAACUUCGUCAGGAGUAUCUUCGCAUUUGGUCAGAGGCCGGCUGGGACCAGCAGGACCUGCUGGCACGGCUGGAGAGUUGGGAGGCGCGUCGCAUCUCCACGCGCCGGACGGCACUUUUGGCCUCGACGCGAAGGAACGCAGCUGGGUGCUUGCGGCACGUGAAUGUGAAGGACGAGGUGCAGUCUGGAGAGGCGGAAGUUGGCUGCGACAGGCUGCUGUCCACCUGGGGCAGGACAUGGUUCUGCGCUUCGCGACAAAUGAUUUCGCGACAAAUGAUUUCGCGCACCAGCUGCACCGAAUCUUAUCAGUGUCGUCGUCUGUGUGGGUGCUGA